GACGAUUGAUCCCCUGCCAAUCACACGCAAUGCCGUCGCACAGACUGACGUAGUACAUCAGAAGAAAGAACCCUUCCACAUGAAGAUCGAAGACAUGGGAGUCAUGAUGACAACGACCAUCGAACGCUACUACCAAGACCCCGACUUCAAGGACCAAGGGACAUUCGACUGCCCCAAAUGCCCAUUAGGCCAGAUCAAAAACCGUAUCAGGUUCGAUCGAGGGCAAGAGGACGAGCAUGUCAUUCACAAGACGUCUUUCGAGAAGUUCGAGGAAGACCCGGAUAACCCGCGUGUCGCAAACGUGUAUUCAUACCCGCCAACGAACAAACUCAGCCAGUUUAUAAUGCCAGAAUUCUCCGUGGAAGAUGAGGAAAAACCCCGGUUCCUCAUCUUCACGGGCCGAUUUACCCCAGAAGAUAAUUAA